AUGGUCUUCAAAUUAGAAGAAUCAAUUAUCGCAGUCAGUGCGCCUUCUCCAUGGCUACAAGCAAACCUCCGCGUCUGUGAGGCUCUUUUCGAGUCUCUUCACUAUCUCGUGUAUGCUGUCGACUCUCUACUCGUCGUCUUAAUCGAAACUCGUCCCGUCUCAACCGCUAUUGCUUCCAAAUUCGAGCUGUCGCAGGUCUGGAAUGCCCAAGACCCGAUCCGAUGCGUGCGCUUUAACCCCAGCAAAACAAAGGCACGUGGUGCUCUCACUCUAUGCACCAAUGAAGGCCGUGGUGUGCUGCUGCUGCCUGCGAGUGCCACGUCUAGCCGAGCGAUGGCUGUAGCCGAGACGUCUAGAGCUUCGACCUUGGAAGAUACGGACAGAAGAGCGAAAGGUUAUGACUCGAUACCCAGUUCUGACUAUGUGAAAACUCAUUUACAUCUUCACAUGCCUCGAUGGGCCGAGUCUGUCCGCUGGCAAUGCGAUGACCGUCUACUGAACCACUUGGAGUGGGUAGAAAGCGGAGACGACCUGUUACUCCUUGGAGCUGGAGAGAAAUUGUCCAUUUGGAAGCUGAUAAAUGACUCGGUGCAGGUUUAUUUGCAACGUACAAUAGUGCUGUCAGGAGAUGGAGAGGUGCCGGUUGUACCAGUGUGUCACUUUGAUGUGGCUCCAAGUGGCCGUUUUGCGGCGACGGCCGGUAAGAAUGAUCGGAUUAUCAAGGUGUGGAAUCUGGGAAAACUAUUGCCACAUGAAGAUGCAGCGAUGUCGCUGUUUCUGCCACAUACUCGUGCGCUUGUGUGUAUAACGUGGUCAAAGGACGUACAUGUUUAUGACAAGGGAUCGACAAUGGCUACGACUACAGGGGCUUGUGAGAUGCUCUUUACCCUUGAUCGAGCUGGAAAUAUCUCGAUCUGGAGAGAGAAUCAUAGUCCACUGCGGUCGUUUGUAUUGUGGAAACAAUUUGCUGCCGCGGACUUUUGCAGCUCUCCUUUCAAUGAGGAGGAUAAUGAAAGUUUACAAACCCACAUCCGAGUGUUUGGUCUGGUUAAUCUUUGUUGGGCUCGAGAGGCACCAAAAUCAGUGUCGUCGAUAAAUGAGGCUUUGCUGAGCGAAAAUACUGUGAUGGAUGCACUCUGUCUAUUUCAUUAUGGCUACGGAUCGCUGAAUGAAAUGUAUCAGAACGAGUCUGUUAGUCAGCGAAUAAACAGCAUUUCGCAAAUGAACACGAAGCUUCUUGGGGAUCGAAGUGGUGCCGUAGCAGACACUUACGUCGGAGAAGCGUGCAUCUGCGGCAAUGUAGCACUUGAGCAAACUUUUGCUGUGCAUUUAAUUUAUGGUGUGCUCAGCAAUGGUGAUUUCUGUAUCUUUCGCGGAACGUCAAUUCCGUUUACGGGCGUUUCUCCCAGACUCUCUCUUCUUCUUAGUUAUACAGGCCUUCAGGAGAAACUCAUUGAUGCACACAUCUAUAGUGUCUGCUCGUCUGAUUAUCAAGACCAAGGAAGCGGCUCGACAGUUGUUUACAUGGAACUGUUGUUUCAGCAAAAAUCGGCUGAUAGUUACUUGCACUGUGCAAGGUUAAAGCUUCAAGCCGAAAACGGCUCGGUAGGAACUUGCCGGGGGUCUAGGCUCUAUACCGUUCAAAGUUGCGAAAUCUCAGUCAUAUGCAGCAGUAUGAUGAGUUCCAUGAAGGAAGGAGACGUCCAGGAUGCGUCAUUUUUGGUAGCAAAUAUGAUACCAAGGUGCCAAUCAGGUUCGCAUGCUGACUCAAGUGGGUCUGCUGGGAAGUCUGCUAUUAUAAAUAUGGGUGGACGCUUAAACGUUUUCCAAGCAAGUGGAUCGUUGCGCAAGCUUAGAAUUGCCUUUCAGUCGAAAACUGAAAGCACUGUUGGCCCUAUCAGACACACAGCAUCAUACGAGAAGCGAUCCAUGCUUUAUUUUGUUACUGGCGGGAAGUUGUACGCUGGCAUUAUGGCGUCUGGGGGUACACUCCACGUAGGAAAAGGCAUUGAAGACUCAUCCGUGGAACCGUCGGGAGCUCAAAAAGAUUCUACGCUUCUCAUUGGAGGGCGUGAUGCACUGGCACUGUCAGUAUGUUAUAUGGAUGGAAGCGAAGACUUUGAAGUGCUCGAUGGGUUGAUCUCUGUAGUGAUUCCCGAAUCUGUCAAGAUUACAUGGUCCAAUAGCAGCACAUUCUUCGCGCAACCAGCGAUGAGCAAUCCCGCAAAGGAUUACAGCAUGGUCGUUGGCUUGCACAAAGGUGGGAAGAAGUUAACUGUUUGGGUUUUCUCAUUAGAGAUUACAGUCUCGGAAUCGCUUGCUUCUUCUGUCCAGUUGUUUCGUAAAACGACGAUCGACCUCCCUGAAGCAAGGUUGUUGGAUAUCGCCACUGUCCCGCAUAUGAAUACUUUUGAGAUCACUCUUGCCAGUUUUGACGCAGAUUCGAUGCUUACGCUAUGGACAUUUGCGGACCUCGAUGUGUUGCUCAAAGUAAAGCCUGCUCAUCGAGUUGAUGUUGGCGAGUUGAUAAGAAUGGCUGGUCGGGCACAGAAGUCACAUAAGGAGUUUCACACUACAGAACAACGACUUGUAUAUAAGCACUUCAGCUUCAGCUAUUGCGGACGCGUAGCUCUAUUAUUUGGAGGGGGUGAUAGCGAAGAUGACGACCAAAUAUGCUUCUUGCCAACGACAGCAAAUUUAUUGGAAGGAGCUAUUAAGAUUCCACACAAACAGUUUGGUCAAGUGGUUUCUUUGAAGUGGACUCCGCCUGUAACAUCAGACUGUGAACUCCUUCUAUUAUCAACUACGACAAUCGCCAUGAUGAAGUUUGACUACUCGCGGCAAACUGAAAAAUGGAGCAUUGCCUGGUCUUUCAGUCGUUUCAGUGUGAGACCCGAGAACAUCGCUUUGCUCUCGAGUUAUCCUUACGGCCUUCUCCGUGUCGGCUUUAGUUUGGCGCACCUAAAUCUCCGAGACAUUGAUAGAGUUGGAGCGCCACCGCUCCAACUGCCGCCAGACAUUUGUCCACGUGAGCAAGCGCUCGGUUCUCAUUCGCCGUCAAAGGUCUUGCCUGCACAUCAUCCUGUAAUACUGAUGUACUUGCUAGCGCGUGGGUCGAUCAAGACUUUACAAAAUGUCCUCGAGCAUGUGAAGACAAAAAUCCAGGAGCACGAAGAAACGUGCUAUCUGCAAAUGACGGACAACGCCCUGCUACGAACUCUUCCAUUAUUAUCAUUGUCUCAGCUACUUGGAGACCCUACAUCUACUGAAGACAACCGCGAUGAGCGACCGGCUAUCUAUCGAAGAGGGAAAGAAAGUAAGAAGACUGGAGGUAUCAGUCAGUACGCAGCCUUGGCGGCCCCGGCUAGAGCCAGCGAUCUAUUUGCAAUGGACUUUGGAGCGCCCCGUCGGUAUGAAACUAGUGGAGCUAGCAGUGAUCGUGCAGAUAUGCUGUUUGCACCUCCAUCUUCUUCUGCACACGAUGCAUUAGAGAACAAACCGACAACAAGGUUAAAGUCGAAGCUUGAAACCGACAUAUUUUUGAAGUAUUUCAACGAACACAAAGGUUCGUUGACAUUCAUGACGGCCCAAGAAUCGGAUAUUUUCUAUAGGAUCAUCGCUGGUAUCAAGAAAACUGUAAGCUGGGAACGUGAUAGCAGCCGCCAGAAAGAUGAAGCUGCUCUUCGUUUCCAUGCUUCUUUACUCUGGCCAUCAGAAGGACCGGCCAGCAUUCAGCCAAUUGCAGAUGCGCCAGAGCAACAAACAGUCAGCGGAGCUACGGCACCUAUGUCGAGCUGCCUCGGCACGGAGGGACUGUGCUCGGAACAGGUAGCCUGGGGAGCACUUAGUGACUAUCAGCCAGAGUUACUUCAGGAAUGCUUUCCUGCGGCGACAAUGAGCUGGAAAGAGAUGAAACGCAUACGGCUACCAUUCUGGCUAAGAAGUUCAACAAAGCUAAUCCACUUCGCGGAGAAGGUCGCACAAGUCGAGUAUGCAGCGAACCGUGAUCCCUUUGCGGUCGCUAUCUUCUACGUGCUGUUGGGAAAGACAAAGCUACUGGCAAGCCUGUUCAAAAUGGCUCACGAGUCGCGCAUUUCGGAUCUUUUGGGCAACAACUUUUCAGACAUGCGUUGGAAGAACGCAGCAAUGAAGAACGCUUAUGUACUAAAGACAAAGCAGCGAUAUGAGCUUUCAGCAGCAUUUUUUCUCCUCGGCGGCAAGGUCGUUGAAGCCGUGUCAGUGGCUGAGCAAGCGGAUGUGACGCUUGUGCUAUCAUUUCUCAUUGCUCGAAUUUCGGAGAAAUGGGACCUCGUACAAGCUGACGGGACAGGUAGCCCCGGCAUUGCUGAUUUUCCACAAGCUUCAUUGACGGGCCUGACCACUAGUUAUCGCGAACUUGCUGGUCACUCUGGAACAACCCCGGUCAUGUCAGUGGGUGACGAACCGUCAGAACCGAAAAACAUGUGUGUCGACUUUCUCCGCACCACUGUGUAUGAAAAGGCUUGUCGACGUGGUGAUGUGUACAUGUGUUUCCUAGUGAAGUACUUGCUGGGAGAGACUAGCAAUGCAAUUGACAUCCUGAUUACACCACCAGCUGUCGACAUGAGAAGCAUGUUUUGUGAUUCGGAAAGCUCAGGUAUGGAUCCGUCCAGUACAUACUGGUCGGCAUUUGGGAAAAGCCUUCUUGGUGCGUGCGAUAUAGUCCGCUUUCUUCGAAAGACACUUUUGCCGAUGAAGCUGGCAUUGAAAGCAAAGGUUUUGAGGCUGAACACAACAGCGCUGCAACGUAUGCAAGAUACAGGGCUUGGAAUUGCUGCGCUUCUUCACCAGCGCGACAUUGCUUCUUUUGUCCAGGAAUUUCGGCGGGAGUGUCCUGCGAGCUCAGAUGCAGCAGCAUUCCUAGGUUGCCGUCAGCGCGUUCUAUUUGCGGCUGUCGGGAGUCAGGCAGACUAUUUGUACGCCACCUUUUUGCAGCCAAUGCGUAAGGCAAUGACAAUACCUGCUACGCCAGCGCCCGACACACGGUUUGACCUUGAAGGGAAACUAAACGAAGGGAUUCAAUGUGUCGUAUGCCACGGAGGCGAUUAUGAUCUACCUGAAGUACCUGAAACGAGCAAGAACCAUUUGCAGCAGAGGGUCCAAGCUGCGGUACUAGACUCAUUAAUGCACUCCGGUCGUCUUGAUGCAUUUGACUUUUUGCUGUCCAGAUGGAACCACUCAGAAGGCUCAUCACCAACAUUUGCUUUUACCAGCCCGCUUGCAAGAUUCGUUGAAAGCAUUGCAGAAGGAGUUGCAACCAUAGCGUCGGGGGAUCUCAUGUCUGCUGCCACUGAUUAUUUGCACACCCGAAAAGUAGACCAAACUUGCUCUGAUCUGUUAGCCACAGCGACGCGGCUCCUACUUUGGUUGCAGUAUUUUUAUAUGACACCUUCGAUGCAGAGAGCGACGUUACCAAACCAUGAGUUUGUACGCGUAGCAGUGGCAGCAAUUCAUAGUGCCAUUUCCAUAUGCUGUCGCUAUCUGAAGAACCCAUGCUGUCUAUAUCGUGUGCUUGGUCUCAUCUUUCCACACAAAGAUGGAUUGUCGUCAAAGUCGGAAGCAGCGCUCAAUGAUAUCGCUGAAGGUUAUGUCUGUGUAAGCUGCGCCCCAAUUCGCCGUUCUACGACAGCUCCAUCGCAAAUAGGAGGCAUAUUGUCGAUUCAACAAGACAUUCCAGUGAUGUACCAGGCAGUGCAACUAUUGCAACUGGAGCUGGAUGAGUUUACGGCAGCAGUGAAGACGAGCAGGUUACAUCAUCCGAUGCCUUCACGUGAUUUAUCAUCCCCAGUUUUCUCACACUGUUCGUAUUGGGAACUGGUUCUAAUGAUGGCGGCUGGUGCCAUGCCUGCUCACCUUUCGCAGAUUGCUGAAGGAGGUGUAGCUUCCACCUCAGAUUUGUCAAACCAACUUGUUGAAGCUUGGGUGGAUUAUAGCAACCGUCUUGCUAGUUUUGCUUUAAAGCAUCUGCUUUGUGAUUUAGCUGGAUUCUUUUCCAGCCCGUUGUCGAUUUCGCAUCCCGCCACAACUCCAGGCGUAACAUCCACAGGGUCACCACGAGGAUCGUCUUCACCAGCGCGAAGUAGUGCCUCUGGCAGUUUUCGUGCAUCUUUUUCGGAUACUGCUGGAUCUCCUCCAUCGUCGCCAAAUGUCGAUCAUGGUAGACGUCAAUUGCUGAAAUGCGAAUGCGAACACUGCCCAUGGCUUCUGCACGUGGAACUUUUUGCUGACAAGGAUGAGCUUCUCCUACGCCUAGAUAAACAAAUGGAAUGCUGCAGUAAGAAGAUCGAUGAGGAAAUCUAUUGGGGUCGUCUGCCUGAACCUGCUUCACGCAAAUCUGCAUUAACGCGCUCCCAAAAGUUACUUUUGUCGAACACGGCAGGAACUUCGCUUACGUUGCCGCGCGCCACAAACCUUACCGACCAACUCAAGCGACGUAUGGCUUCAACACCCACUACUGCUGCUGUGCAUGUUCAGUGUGUGUACCGUAGCGACACCACCAUCAAAGCGAUGUGCUUUAAUCAUGCCGCCAGUGACGACGCUGAAAUGAGUAUCUGCACUAGCAAAGGCAUUUUCCGCGCUAGUUGUAUGGAAUAUACCGAUGGCUACCGUUUCCAGUUCAAGGGGAUGUACGCUGGGCCACAAAACUCCGCAUUUUUUCCACCCGACUCGACCCUAUCUUCGCCUGUAAAAGGCAAGGAUUCUCCAAGCGCUGGGCAUAGGAGCAGCAUUGGAAACAGCCGCCAUCGACUGUUGUCUCCGUCGUUGACUACUCGCGGGAAUGGCUCUCCUUCAACCUUACGAAAUGCAGUUCAUCUGCUUGCGUCCCCGUCCGAGCUAAAGCUGGCAAGCUUUAAACCAACAGCCGUGGCUGCUCAUCCCUUUUUGCCGCUUUUCGUCUCUGGAAAUCACAAGGGGCGUGUGCACCUAUGGUCGUAUGACCGACUCAGUGCACUUUGCGCCUUCCAAACCAAGGACGUAGUCGCGCCAUAUCCAACAAGCCCGUCGCUGUCGUCUGGUUGGAGAAGCAUCGAGGCACUUGAGAUCGACAGUCUUGGUCAGCAGCUUGGUGCUGUGGAUGCCGGGGGACAUUUAUUCCUAUGGAAACUUUCCGAGCUCGAUCGAGCUCCAUAUUACCGCGAGAUGGUUUGCCAUGACAAGGGCGCUAAGGGACUUGCAUUCCUCAACUCAAGUAGCACUAUCGUCACGGCUGGGCUAUCGUCCGACAAGAAAAACGUAUGCGUGUGGGAUACGCUUCUGCCGACUUCAAAAGCUCUCGUUGCGGCACCGACAUGCCAGCCAGCUGGCGCCACCUCGCUAGCGUUUUCGUCAAUUCACCAAUUGCUCAUUACGGGUGGUGCAGGUGGUGCGUUGAGCAUUUUCGAUAUGAGGCAGCGGCGCGUCUUGCACACAAUUUCGAAUGCGCACGAGACUCCGAUCAAGACACUUGUGUUGCACCCUAGCGGCGACUGUAUGCUCUCUGGAUCUGCAAGUGGUGACGUCAAAAUCUGGUCUCUACCUGUUUUCCGGGAAAUCGCUUUUCUAAGCAAGGUGCAUGCCAAGCCUUCAUUCUUGGGAGACGCUGCAACAAAUUUACUGGGCGAAGCCGCGUCGAAUGUGGCGAUUAAUGUGACGAACUCCUCGUGGGGCGUGACAGAUGCUAUUGCAACGAGAGACGCGUUUUUUACAAGCGGCACAGAUGGGUCGGUCCACCGUCUUGAACUGCCCUCACUAAAGACGCGACUUUAG